AUGUCCCCAAGGGCGAAAAUUGUUAAAACAAAGACUUUUGGCGGAUGCUGGACAUGUCGUCGCCGGAAAGUCAAAUGCGACAAUCUCCGACCCCGCUGUCGUCGCUGUGGAGAUACUUGCGAGGGUUACGAUGUCGAUUUGUAUUGGCUGGACGAUGCUAAUGAGCGACCAUGCUCUGUGAAGCGACAGGCUAUGGCGGUUUAUGACCCUAACCUGCCUGUCGCGUGUGAUCCAGUCGCUAUUGAUAGGAUGUUGGAUCAACUGGAUGACCUGACUCAGGCAGGGAGAAAGGCAAUUGUGGGUCCCUUUACAGCUUUUGAAGUGGAAAAUACAUCAUUACCAGGGCCCACAGAUGCGGAGCCUGAGCUUGAGUCUAUGGAGAUGACCGAAAGCUCACUGGAGAUUGUCCGAGCCAAUCUGUCCACACCGUCGAUGUACGUCGACUCGACGGCCGCCGAGCUAAUGGACAAUUACAUUCGGGUUGUCGCAAACGUCUUGCAACCUGCAAAUCACCCCCAGAAUCCGUACAGCACGAUCUAUGUCCCGCGGGCUGUGGAAUCCGGAGCGCUCGUCGUCGGCGGAGGGAAAGGGUCACGGGGCAGCAAAGCCCUAUUUCACGCCCUGCUGGCGGUUUCUGCUUUUCAUCUUCGUCGACACCAUCCCGACAAGCAUAAAUACGAGAGAUUGGCCCAGGUAAAUCGAGGGCAGGCAGUUACCAGUCUACAGAAGGCUCUUACGUCGGGAGAAGGUGUUGGGGAUUGCGAUACAGUGUUAUCAGCCAUGCUCUCCCUGGUUUCCAUUGAUCUCAUGCAAGGUGACAUGACAGAGUUCUGGAUUCAUCUGAGCGGAUGCGACCGUCUACUUCAGUCUCUCAACCCCGGCGCAUCUCCGAGGGACGGCCAAUUGAGGACCAUCUGUGCAUUCAUGAACACUUUAUCGCGCUCGACGAAUCCGUAUCCCACGCCAAAGCCAUACACAAUGGGGCAAAUACUAUCAAUCAAGGACUUAAUCCAACACUCCCCCUUCCACCAAGACAACGACUGCCUCGAAUUCAUCUACGGCACGACCGCAACACUAGCCAGCUACCUUCACACAGCCAUCACCUUGGCCGAAAACCUCUCCUUUCACCCCCAACCGUCCCCUCCAGCCCCCCUUACCCAAGCCCGCGAGACACUAAAGCAAGCCAUUCACACCUGGACUAUCACACAGGAGCCCCUAUCCUCGACUCCGCGCGCUGACCACGAAACCCGGUCCUUAAUAACCUGCCAUAUUCUCGCCUUCCACGCUGCGGUCGUAAUUUAUUACCACGUUGCUCUGGACCAAUGUGACGAUAACGACACCUUGCGCUAUUACAAGCGGGCCUGUGUAUCCAACCUCAUAGCCGCUGAGGCGUUGAAGUCCUCUUCGAGCGCACAAAGAGGCUGGAGCGCCAUGGCGCCGAUCGUAUGGCCGGGGUUCAUCGCCGCGUGCGAAGCAGACCCCGACGAGCGGCCCUUGUGGCGAGCAUGGUGGACGGGGGUUCAGCGGUACUGUAUCGGUAGUAUUCAGACAUUGUGGGGAGUCGUACAGGAGGUCUGGUGGUGUCGAGACGCAGGGAUGCAUGAAGUACCAGGCUGGAAGGGCGUCCUGCGCCGUAGGGGCAAGCGUGUGAUGAGCGGGGGCUAG